AUGGAGUACAUCUCUCAAGCCGAUACGCGUGGUCAUUCCUGCCCAGCGGCACCCUCGAAACCGUCCUGUCGUUCUGCAGGAGCGAGCGGCGAGCGUUCUUCAGAGUUGCCCGAUGACCAAUUAUCAGAUGACCGGAAGGAGUCGACCAGAAUCACUGUCACAGAGCGUACUGUGAACAGUCCCAUACCAUCAAUGCUGAAGGUGAAAUACCCGACCUCUCUGAUUUUGAAGGCGAAGCAACGUGCAUCCAUGCCGGCCUUGUUGUCAUCGAACAAGCCUCACGCGGAACGAACAGCCAGAGCGGGGCAAAAUUGCGCCUUCCUCUCCAUCUUACCUCGCGAUGUGCAUUUCCUCGUUGCCACCGAGUACGUCGAUUUCGACACGCUACUCGCCCUUCGGCAGACGUGUCGCUCAAUGUACGACAUCCUCCCCACAGAUGUCGUUCGCGGCGUUCGAUCCAAGAUAGUCGAGGAAAGCCUUGAGAACGAGGCGCAGCUGUAUCGGGACUACAGAUCCAUCUAUCCUCGCCAGCGACUUGGUCACCUGUGGGACCUGCUUUACGCAGCCUUUGACUUCCGACUGAUUGAACGUCCCGCCAGAGAACUUCGAUGCUACGGUUGUCUGGAGGAGAAGCCGCUGUGGUGCUUUGUUGAGCGAAUGAGCAACCGCGGCACAGGUCUGGGGGCCAAGUUUGCCCAGAAUAGGUUGUGUAAGGACUGCAUGCGCAGAUACCGUGACAUCGAAGGGGAGUGGUGGAAGGAGAACUGGGUCAAGAAAAGCGACAUGGUCUGCAAAUCCAGCAAAGGCCACAGACUUCGGCGGUUUAUGCUUGAAGGCUGCAGCCUGGUCAAUCCAGACGAGGAGAUUGGGGUCUGCUCCUCAUGUGGCAGCACGACAUUUGAGCUGUGGUGGGGAUGUGUUCCCUGCUUUGAACUCGAGCAGCAACGGCGGCGAGAGGAAGAUCUGAUGGAAAUCGGUGGACUGGGGCGGAGAAUUGCCGGAGCCAAGGACACCUGGCGAGCGCGUAAGAGAAUGGCAUUCCGACGGCGCCACGCUAUACGCGAUCACGGAAGGAAGAGCUGGUGGGCUCCCAACUUGACAUUUUCAGGAGGGUGGUCAAAGCGAAAGGCUGCGUUGAUGGAAUGGAAAGAGCACAAGAACGGCAAGAAAACUGGGACCGUUACGACCAAGGCGAACCAUCAAGACUCGCGAUGGCACGCUCUCGACGAGAUCCCCCUGCCCAAGAGCCGCAGAGAAGCAAGAUGCUCAUCCUGUUGGGUUCCCAAUUGUCCCCGCCGAACAUACAUUCUCGGUUUGGCGUAUGAGAGACCGCUGCCGAGGGAGCGUUGGUGUGCCGGGUGCAAACAGGAGUUCGAUCAACGCCUUGCGAGGAAAGGAUAUCGGAAAUGGAGGAUGAAGAUGUGCAACAGCGAGAAGUCGGACAACGACUGGCCUGAGUCGUUGGCCUGGCUGUUUGAAGAGAGUUAA